AGUUUUAAUAGUAGCGCUCUGCUGGGUGAGUUGCCUAUGUUUUAGGUCCUAGAUUAGACUACAUUUUUAGAAUACGAUUUUCAUUGCGGACAUAUAGACCUAUAGUUUAUAAGCAUUUAGCAUUUUAAUUGGCUUAUGUGAUUAAUUUUAUUCAGCAAAAGAUUCGUUUGCACGACAAUUUCGGGGCACAUUUAUCAUACUUCCUGUUUAGCGGCUGUGCAUUGUACGUAACGUAGCCUGCUGACUGUAACUGAAUUGGACGUAACUAGCUAUCAAGAUGAGUAGGGCCUAUUGACAGGUAAUUAUCGGCUAAUGCACAGCCUUGAUAAAGAGAACAUUAAAGCUUCUUAGUAACCUGCAAAUCUGUAGGCUGUAUAUCACCUACAAUCAUGAACAUUGGAGACCAGAUAAUCUAAGGUGUGUUGUCUCACAGCAUUUGUCUAAAAUGAAUGUGGGAGGGGGCAGCCUAAACAGCGCACAGCCAGACGCCAUGCAGGGGGAAUCCUCCUCUCAGUCCUGAGUGCUGAAAUGUAAGGACUGUAGCUUGUGUCGCACCAGAUAGUGACAGACUGCAUCCAGCAGGGGGAUGUUAAAAGCUUCUUGAGAGUGGCCUCUCAGACACCCCGUGGAAGAUUCUACCCUGAAAAGCCAUUUCCUCCUGUCAGUGUCCGGAAGGUUCUGUCGUUGCCGUCGUCGACAGUGUUGUCCCCUGACGAGACAUUGGGCGGUUUGAGGUCGGAGCCAGGAUGGAGUGGUCCCUUGAAAGGGUGAGGGAGAUGGUGGCAGGGGGGAUGCAGUCUAUGAGGGACUGUGAGUCCAGCGCUUUCGGCACAGCCAUGUGCCUGCUCCUGCUGUUCGUGUGGUACUGUUACCGGGUGGGCCGCGAGCACAGCUCCUCUCCUCUGCGCGGGGGUUACAGCGCCGAGCCCAGUCGAGUGGGAGGGGUUGGGGGGGCCCUGAUCAGCGCAGAGGGGGACGGUAGGGCCAAAGGCAGGCCGGCGUCGGUCGCGGAGGAGCAGAACAGCUUCGCUUACUGCCAGUCCGCCGAGUGCUUCCGCUGCACCAACACAGGAGAGGGUCUGAACCAGAGGCUCUACCACAGUCUGCAGGAUUAUGCCAAACGCUACACCUGGUCUGGCAUGGGCAGGGUGCACAAAGGGGUGCGAGACCAAGGCCGCUACCUCACCAGCCGAGCCACCAUCCAAAGGCCCGAGGUCUUCUUCCUACCCGACCUCCCCUCUGCCCCCUUCUUUUCACGGGACGCACAGAAACAUGACGUGGAGCUGCUGGAGAGGAGCUUCCCCGCCCUGCUGGCUGAGUUUGAGAACAUCUACCAUGCCCCCCCGGCGCGGCCUGGCUCCUCCCUGCCUCCAGGGUGGAAGGCCAACAGCACGCCCCAUGGCCAGUGGUGGACCUUCUACCUGGUGAACCAGGGUACACCGCUGGCUCUCAAUGCCAGGAGGUGCCCCAGAGCCUGGAGGGUGCUGGGCCAGCUGCGCACUUUUAUCGCCAACAACGUGUUUGGAAAUGCCUACUUCUCUGUCCUGACCCCCGGAGCCCUGAUUACAGAGCAUUAUGGCCCAACCAACGUCAGGCUGCGCUGUCACCUGGGUCUUCGAGUACCCUCUUCCUGUGAGCUGGUGGUUGGAGGGGAGCCGCAGUGCUGGUCUGAGGGGAGCUGUCUCCUGUUCGAUGACUCCUUCCUCCACAGAGCCUUCCAUGAGGGAGGCCCAGACGAUGGCCCCCGGGUUGUCUUCAUGGUGGACCUCUGGCACCCUAACGUAGCAGCUGCUGAGAGGCAGGCUCUGGACUACAUCUUCACCCCAGGACGCUGAACAGACGGGGUGGGGUGGAGGUGGGGCUGGGCUGGGUAAAGAGCAACAGACAGAGUGUGUGUCAGAAUUUAAAGAUGCACUCCAGAGCAUUUGUAUAUUUGCAGCCAGUAGUUCAGAAAGUGGUGCUCACAAGCCAGUUGAUUCACCUUUUCUUGUAUACUAGGUCAUCAUUUUUAUUUAUUUCGCAAUUCGUAUUAUACGCUACAAAUUUUGUUUGUACAGUGUGUUACACAUUUUUUGUCCUAAAGAUACUGUUGUGCAUCUUUAAAAGACAAUUGAAUGUCUCUUGUGCCGUUCCUACACUCACAUAUUCUCUGUCUUGCUCAAAUCUGCUCGCUCCCGAUAACUCUUCCUGAGCACCUACUAACAUAAUGUCAAAUGUUACAUUUGAAUGUUUACAGCCCUAGUCCUUAUCUCUGUGAUUAUCCCUGCCCAUUUGUGUGAUAGUUUACUGUGCAUUCCUUCAGAAAUCAAUAAAGCUUUCACAAAAUAUGGUUGGAUAAGCACAUGGAACUUGUUUUUAGAGAUCAAAUAAUUUGCGUUUGAGAAUUUCUGGGUUGUUGCUACCCAGGGUAAAUGGUUGAAUUUGGUAAAUUAUCUAAUUAAUGGUUAAAAUAGGGUUGUAUUUGAUAUCAACUUUGUAUUUCUGUAAAUAGUGUUGGAGUACUGAAAAUAUUUGAGAGGUUUUGAAAAAUUAUUGUCUUACAAUCAAUAGUUAUUGUGUGGUCUUAAUUUACUGGUAUUGUGACGUGAUCGUCUCUGCAGAAACAUGGUCAUUUUGAUACAUUCAUUUCUAGAUAUUUUAAAUGGUAAUUAAGUGGUUUGGCUAUUGUUCAGUGGCAUUUUAUAUCAUUCUGUGAUUUUACAGCUGCAUAUCAAAUUUAUGGUGAAAUUCCUCCCCAAGAAAUGAAUAUUUGUGGCAUUUGUACGCAUUUUGAACAGUAUUUAUUAAAUGGUGAAUUAUUUGAAUCAACCAACUUCAGUCUUGAUUUCGGAAUCCCAUUUGUGCAUUGUAACAGCUUGUGUAUUCAGUGUGUGCUUGGAUGUCGUAUUCCCAUGGCUAGAAUUUUGUUCUGGAGAUUCAUAUUAGAAGCACCAGGAGGUGUGCAUAUGCUUCAUUUCUGUAUGAGCAGAUGGAGAGAAAGCGACAAUCGAGAUUCUACUAAAGCAAAGCACAACCAGUAUACCAACACACCUACUCAUCUUGAGCAGCAGAGUAUUAAUGUUAAUGUGAGGGUAAAAAAGUGUUAUUUUACUUUUAAGAAUACAUUUUAAAAAUAUUUGCUUUCUGUGAUGGGAUGACUGCUCUUUCACAAUAUGAAAAAUAUGUAUUUUCUUUGGCAUGUAUUAUAUACAGUGCCCUAUGUAAAUGUUCACACAGUAAAUUGUUUUUGUUCUUUUGACUCUAUGUUCCUAAACAUUAAAUUUCAAAUCAAACAAUUACUAGAGUUGAAGUAUAGAUUUUCAGAUGAUAUUUGAAGGUACUUGUAAUAUGUAAUAUGAACAUUUAGUAAUUACAACAAUUUGUAAACAUUUAUAUUUAACUUUAUAUUUCAGUCUUUGUGGCGGUCUGAGGUACUGUCCUCUCUGAUUGUAGGGAAUGGUAUUAGCCAGGGGAUGAGAUGUAGCCUUUUUUUUGCCAGACGUAGAGCUUGGAAUUCAGGCCUAGUAGUUUGAUUUUGGACUCUUUUUUCUCAUGUCCAGGUGGCAUGUCAUAUGCCUUUUACUCAGGAUUUUCUUCCAUGUAGCCACCCUACCAUAAAGAACUGAAUGACAAAGUGCUGCAGAGAUGGUUGUCCUUCUGCUAUGUUACAUCUCCGCAGAGAUACUCUGAAACUGUUAGAGUGGACAUUGGUUUCAUGACCCACCUUCUUGCCAGAUGGACUGUUCUAGGAAAGGUCUUGAUGGUUCCAAACAUCUUCCAUUUUACAAUGGUGCUCCUGGGAACUUUCCAAGUUUUAGCUAUUUAUUCAUAAUCUUCCUUAGAUCUAUGCUUCGACACAAAUCUUUGAAAGUUAUUGGUGAGUUCUUUGUGCUUAAUGGCUUGGUGAAGUAUGGGACCAUAAAUAUACAGGUGUGUGCCAUUAAUUCACAAACCUUUGUUUUCGCUUUGUGAUUAUGAGUAUUGGGUACAAAUUGAUGGUGAACAAAACAUUUCAAAAUGAGAAUCUCAAAACAUGUGGCCGAUUGGAAAGUGAAUUGCCUAUAAAAACAAAAUGUGGAACUAAUUAAGGGUUUUGAAUACAUUUCCGAAACCAAAACUUGUUAUAAAUCCACAAGUCUAAAACUUGAAAUAAUUGUUUGAAUUGAAAUGUCAACUUUAGGGACUAGUUUUGCAGAGAUAGUUUAAGCCUAGUCCUGGACUAAAUUAUCAAACUCAAUGGAUUUUUCACAUUGACAUUCUAGAUGUAUUUAUGUUGAUGAUUGGCAAAAACCUGUAAUUGAAUCCAUUUUGAUAUCAUGUUGUAAUAUAAUAAAGUGGAAAGUCCAUGAGGUGCAUACUUUUGAGUGCCACUUUAAUGGACAAUAACCUUUAGUCUCAUAACAUUUCUGUGUGAACUUUUCCAAGUUGAUAGAGUAAAGGUAUUGAAACCUCUCCUCAGGGACCCCAAGCCAUUACAGAUAUUUUAUCUGAAAAAUGUUCACUGUGCGAACAUUUUCGUUCGGCACUAUAUAUAAUGCAUACUAAAGAAACAACAUGUUUUUCAUAUAGAGACAUCACCGCUUUUUACACUAUAGCUUACAUUAACAUUAAUACUCUGCUUCUCAAGUUGAGUAGGUGUGUUGGUAUACUGGUCGUGCUUUGCUUCAGUUGACUCUCCGUAGUCACCUUCUCUCCAUCUGCUCAUCCUGAAAUACAGUAUUACAUAUUAGAGGCACCUCCUGGUGCCUCUAAUAUUUAACCCCAGAACAACGUUCUAGCCAUGGGAAUAUGACAUCCAAGCACAUGGUUAAUACACAAGUGAAUCAAGACUGAAUCUGGCAUAUUUAAAUCAAAAAAUAUUUAUUGGGAAGGAAGGGGUCGGAAUACUUUCUUUAUUCACCAAGUCAGUAAGUUCUUAAAGGCACCAAAAGUAUUGGGGAUGAAUAAUAUCAUUCCCAAACAAAGCAAUUAUGUUUGGAAUUUUGCAAUUGAGAUUUGCAUCCAUUACUAGUCAGACAUCUGCAACACAUUAUCCUCACCAGACACUGGGUGUCUUCUCUGAUGAUCUGGGGAUGCUUUGCCAGGCCUGUACUGCAGACAUCUUCAGGUGUUUUUUUGGCAUAGUACUCAUCCGCAGGCAUUGAAAAGCAUAGAAUUUAAAUCUGAUGAUUCACUUGACCAGUUUAUCCUUUUUAUUGCAGAAACCAUUCUGUUUUUCACUGUAGAGCUUUUUCUUUUCUUACCAGGCCUUUUGCAAUGAUUGAGUGUGUUCUCUUUUUAAUGACCUUCAACACUGUCGUUCUCCUAUAAAUAACUUAUUGGUCCUUAUGUUGACAGACACCAAUAGUAGACUACAAAGGAAAAUGUAAAGCCUAAAAUCAACACUAGACACUGACAGAUCCCUUAUGACUGCACAAAUGAUGUGACAAAACAUGUCUGACUAACCAAAAACACCUGUCAAAAUAAGUUCACCAGUACUUUUUAUGCAUGGAAAUGGAGGGACUGUGUUGUCAUUUCUAAAAAGUGUUGUCAUUUCUAAAUGCUCAAAUCACUAUGUACACAAAUACCUUCAAAUAAAAGUUGAGAAUCUCUACUUUGA